GGCCGACCAGGGGGAUUGACAGUGGGAGAAGAAGGCGACAAGUGAAUUGCACGCCUUUCUCCACCAUCAAUUCACUCUCGCCGCUUCUCCCCCCUCCCCGCGAAGCCUCCUUCCUGUGUUUGCUGUCUCGUCAAUUGCCCCGUCCCUGCCGUCGGCCCACUGAAGACGGUCUCCGUCUGGAUAGCACGACUCUUUAGCCCGACAAGAGGCAUUUUGGCCUUUUCCCGCGAUUCGCCGCGCCGUCUGCAACCCCGUGUACUCUCGGAGUUCAGUCCUUUAUACAAGGCAGCGGCACAGCCACCCCGCGUAACCCCAUGAAUACACUCCUCUGAGGGUCUCGCGACACCACUGCGCUGAAUCAACUUCAGUCUCUUGCACCAUGUUUGGCUUUUUGACCUCGCGCUGGCAGAGUGCUAGCAAGCCCGAGCAUACCAGACCGGGUUGGUAUGACCGCCAUGUUGCGCCUAUCUUGCUAUCCAUUGCGAAGAAAGCGUGCACGCACCCCAUACAUACCAUCGUUACAAUUGCCUUUCUAGCCAGCUAUUCAUACUUGGGAGUACUAGACAAGGGCCUCUUGGAGCGGAACACAGAUACGGCAGCCGGGAGAGUAGACUUCAACACGUUACUGGCUGGGAGCAAGAGGUUGAGGGUUGGGGAAGAGACGGCGUGGAAGUGGGAGCUGGAGGAGACAAGCCCAGGUACCAAAGCACAGCAGGAGAUUGCCCUCAUUACUCUGGUCUUUCCCGAAUCGAGCUCCAUCAACUCCGCACCUUCUCAAAAUGUCGUGCCAGGCAACACGUCUGCCCAGCUCCUUCCAAGCUCAUCGAGCUCCUUCUCGACAAUAUCCCACGACACCUCGCUAGCCUUCUCGCUUCCCUUUGCCGAUGCUCCUGGGUUUCUCGUAGCCAUGCAGGAGAUUUCGGCCCCCGAGGAUGCAUCCGAAUCGCACGGCUCAGACGAGGAGGGCACGCGGGAGGAGAAGAAGUGGAUAAUGAAGGCAGCGAAGAGUGGGAAUACGUCAGGAGGCGUCCGUAAUUGGGCAAGAGAGUCUUGGACGUCAUUUGUUGACCUCCUCAAGAAUGCUGAAACGGGAGACAUCAUCAUCAUGGCCAUGGGCUACUUGGCCAUGCACUUGACUUUCGUCUCCUUAUUCCUUGCCAUGCGUCGACUUGGAUCUAACUUCUGGCUUGCGGCCACCGUCUUGUUCCAAUCAGCUUUCGCAUUUCUCUUCGCACUGCUUGUGACUGUCUAUCUCGAUGUUCCUAUCAACAUGGUUCUUCUCUCUGAAGGGUUGCCUUUCCUGGUGGUCAUCAUUGGAUUCGAAAAGCCCAUCGUUUUGACCAAGGCUGUGCUUUCCGCUUCCAUGGAUGCUCGACGGAACUCGGAAGGAGGCAGCGGCGAGGCCCUGACCAUCCAGAGCGCAGUCCAGACUGCUAUCAAACAGACUGGAUGGGAGAUUGUGCGAGACUACUUCUUCGAGAUCCUUAUCCUCGUCGCUGGAGCCAUGUCUGGGAUUCAAGGAGGCCUUCGGCAGUUUUGCUUCCUCGGCGCCUGGAUCCUGCUGUUUGAUGCGCUUAUGCUCCUCACGUUCUUCACUUCGAUUCUCACCAUCAAACUGGAAAUAAACCGGAUCAAGCGUCACGUGGCUCUUCGCAAGGCUCUCGAAGAUGAUGGCAUUAGUCGUAAUGUCGCCGAGAACUAUGCCUCGAGCAACGAUUGGCCCAAUGCUGGAGGUGUGAACUCCCGAACUCGCACAACAACCGUACUCGGCAAGAAAAUUACUGUUCCCAAGUUCAAGGUCUUGAUGGUAGCUGGUUUCGUUCUGGUGAACAUCUUAAACUUGGCCACCCUUCGAUUUGGCAUCUCAACCUCCAAAGUCUCUCGCCUUCCAGGUGUGGGCACAGCGCCUCCUCUCGAUCCCUUCAAAGUCGCUGGAAGUGGGUUAGACUCGAUCCUCGAGCAGGCUAAGGCGGUUACGACGUCCACAAUUGUCACCAUCUUGAUGCCAAUUAAGUACGAAUUAGAGUAUCCUUCUGUCCAUUAUGCCGAGCCGCCAACCUCAGACCACAAAUUGCAAUUCGGCAGCACCAUGAGCGGCCGUGUCGUCGAUGGGAUUCUAAAGAGUCUAGACGACCCCGUCUUAGGCAAAUGGAUUGUUGUUGCACUUGCCUUGAGUGUCGUGCUAAAUGGGUAUCUCUUCAACGCAGCUCGAUGGAGUAUCAAAGAGCCACAUAAGCCUCUGGAACCCCCGACUGCCGCAGAGAUCCAGGAUGGUGCUCCACCCACCCCUGCUAUUGGAAUCCCCCAUCAACAUAUGCCGUCACCACCAAUCACGCCUGGCCCGGAACAGCAAGCAGGCCGUGGAACAAUCCAGCCGCUCUCCCAAAUCAUUACGCAAACUCCCGCUGCACAGCCUCAACUUCUCCAGCCCGCUGAGAUCGAAAUCCCACUCACAGAGGAACAAAAGAAACCGAACCGGUCGAUGGAGAUUCUGGAACAAAUGUUGAAGGAGAAAAAGGCACAUCACAUGACAGAUGAGGAGCUGAUUGACCUCUCAGUAAAAGGGAAGAUCCCUGGAUAUGCGUUGGAGAAGACGCUCGGCGACAAGACUCGUGCUGUCAAAAUACGUCGUGGUGUUGUCUCGCGUACACACGCUACCCGCGAAACAUCAACGAUGCUCGAGAAAUCUAAGCUUCCAUACGAGGGCUACAACUACGAUCUUGUCCACGGUGCUUGCUGCGAGAAUGUCGUCGGUUACCUCCCUCUUCCCGUCGGUGUCGCAGGCCCCUUGAUGGUCGAUGGUCAGAACUACUUCCUUCCCAUGGCAACCACUGAGGGUGUAUUAGUUGCCAGUACAUCCCGCGGUGCCAAAGCUAUCAAUGCCGGCGGAGGUGCCGUCACAGUUCUCACGCACGAUGGCAUGACGCGCGGCCCCUGUAUCGGCUUCGACAACCUCACUCGCGCCGGCGCCGCAAAGAUCUGGCUCGAUUCAGAAGAAGGUCAACGAACGAUGAAAAACGCAUUCAACUCCACGUCUCGCUUCGCGCGUCUGCAGUCCAUGAAGACCGCCAUCGCGGGCACCAAUUUGUAUGUUAGGUUUAAGACUACUACCGGGGAUGCCAUGGGUAUGAACAUGAUUUCCAAAGGCGUCGAACACGCCCUCAGCGUCAUGUCCACUGAAGCGGGUUUCGACGACAUGAACAUCAUCACCGUUUCGGGGAACUACUGCACGGACAAAAAAGCCGCCGCUAUUAACUGGAUCGACGGGCGCGGGAAAGGUGUUGUCGCUGAAGCCAUCAUCCCUGGUCAUAUUGUUAAAUCCGUAUUGAAGUGUGAUGUCGAGUCGCUGGUGCAGAUGAACAUUAGUAAGAACUAUAUUGGGAGCGCGAUGGCGGGCGCGUUGGGUGGAUUUAAUGCUCAUGCAGCGAAUAUUGUGGCAGCAAUCUUUUUGGCGACGGGACAGGAUCCCGCGCAGGUGGUUGAGAGUGCGAAUUGUAUCACAAUUAUGAAGAACGUAAAUAACAACCUCCAAAUCUCCGUCUCAAUGCCCAGCAUCGAAGUCGGCACCAUUGGUGGCGGCACAAUCCUCGAACCACAAUCAGCUAUGCUAGACCUUCUGGGCGUACGCGGCGCUCACCAGAUGUCUCCUGGCGAUAAUGCGCGCCAGCUAGCGCGCGUGAUUGCCGCGGCUACGCUCGCGGGCGAGUUGUCACUAAACGCGGCGUUGUGUGCGGGACAUCUGGUAAAGGCGCAUAUGGCGCAUAAUAGGAGUCAGGUGCCGAGCAGAGCGCCGACGCCCGCUCCACAAACGCCUGUGGGGGCGCAGACACCUGUGGGGAGUGCAUUAGGGAGUGUGAGAGAGGGUGUGAGGGACGGGGUAUUGCCGAGGCGGUGAUAUGGGUAUUAGAAAUACACCGGUUAGAAGACUUGAGAAUAGUGAGAGGGAAGGGAAUUAGAAAGAGACAUAAAUGUCUUAGAGAGUGGUGGUAAUAUUUGGUAUCCUUACUUCAUUCAGCGAACAGAUCCUAGCCAUGAGUGGAUAGGUUUCAGCGUAGGUGUUAGUGGGCAGGCGGAGUGAAGUUGGAGACAGGCACUCGCCUUUUCAGAGGCGAUGAAAGGACGAGACUUUGCGUCCGGUCUGGUCGGAUUGGGCUAGGUUUGGGCUGUAUACAUACCAUUCCUAACAUGUGUUUGAAAAAUUAUGGACAUACAUACGUAUAUACAUACCCACAGAGAGGGCGAGUAUGUACGCAAGGCAAAGGCAAGAAGGCAUAUAUAGGCGUUUCUAAGCAUAACCUUGAGCGCGAGCGUAGAAAUUGAG